AUGGCUGCUCUUACUUCACUCACCGCACACUCAACUUCUUUAUAUCCUAAGUUCCAUCCUAGACCUCUUAUUUUCUAUUCAAAUUCAAUCAAUGAACCUAGCACAUGUUGCUUAACUAUCAAAGCAGUUAGGUACUCCAGCGGGAGACUACGCUUGCACUCCAUCCGUUCAGGCAUGCGAAUCCAAAAUACAGCAACCAAACCUGCAAAAUCACCAGCUGAAGAAGACUGGAAGAUUAAGCGUGGAUAUCUGCUUGAAAAAAGGGUAAGAAGUGUGGAUGUCAAAGAAGCUUUCCGACUUCAGAAAGAAAAUAACUUUGUGAUUCUUGAUGUACGGCCAGAAGCAGAGUUCAAAGAGGCUCACGCACCAGGUGCUAUUAAUGUACAAAUCUAUAGGCUUAUAAAGGAGUGGACAGCAUGGGACAUUGCUAGGCGGGCUGCAUUUGCAUUUUUUGGCAUCUUUGCUGGAACAGAAGAAAACCCUGAAUUCAUCCAAGGUGUGGAAUCCAAAAUAGAUAAGAACGCAAAGAUAAUAGUGGCUUGCUCAUCUGGGGGGACAACGAAACCAUCACAAAGUCUUCCAGAAGGGCAACAGUCAAGGUCCCUUAUAGCAGCUUACUUGCUAGUUCUCAAUGGUUAUACCAAUGUCUACCACUUAGAAGGAGGGCUUUACACCUGGUUUAAAGAAGGAUUGCCCACAGUUUCGGAAGAAUGA